UGCUGAGCAUUUGGAAAGCCAACUCGAUUGGGCCUUCAUAACAGACAUAACAAGCGCGCUCGCUCCUCUCGUAAAUCUCAUUAACCAAUUAGACAAUGAGCAAUACGUUGUGGGUGACUUUUAUAGAGAUUGGUUAAAUUGUGAAAUAGAGUUGGAGGAAAUCUUAUCCAGAUCAAAAUUUGCACGGCUCUUUGUACUAGCAAUGCAAACAUACAAGAAGAAGCUACUCAAAUCAAAUGCAUUUUUAACAGCUUUGUAUUUAGAUCCGCGUUUUAACUUUUGCACUUCUGUCAUGCUCACUGAGGAGCAAAAAAGCAAAGCUGAGGCAUUUCUAAAAACAGCAUACAAAGCAAUGAAUAGUUCGAGGAAAAGUCUUUCACAAAUAACGGUGGAAGAGCCAACUGAAGCUAGUCUACAUGCGAUUAAAUGUGAAGAGGAACCUACUACUUCGAAGAAAGCCUACGACAAAUUGACUCAGCGUAUUAUGAAUUUGUCUUCCAAUAUAGGCGAAAGUGAAGAACCUCAGCGGAGUUUUAUGCAUAAAUUGAUCGGUUUGCUAUCCAACAAAACUAUGGCUCCUCUCGACACCGAUGUUCUACAAUACUGGAAGGCCAUGAGCUUUGAUGCUGAGGUUGCAGAAAUGUUGCAGGCAGCGCUCUCAGUACCAGUCACGCAAGUAACUGUUGGUAGAGCGACAAGCGCUCUAGUGAAUUUGAAGGAACAUGAUAUUAAUUAUAAUCUUUUGCUAACCAAAUAUAAUUUCCAUGAAAUAAACCAGCCAGAAGUUGAGCUAGAAGUGCCUAGGGAACUGUUACAGGAAAUGUCCUUUGAAAAAUAGUAGAUAGUUCUAAGUAUGUAUCUAUGUACACCGUCUUCAAAAGAGGCAGAAUUCAAAAAUCAGAUGCUAAAAUAUAACGGCUUGUGGAUGGUACAGAUUCAGCACAAUUAAUGUAUAAACCGGUAUAAAAAUAGCUUUCUAGUUGGAAAAUGUAAUUUUGACGGGGCACAGAAAUAUUUGCAUUAAUUCGAAGUAAGUUCUACGAAUUGAUUUAUGCAAAAAAAUCGAUCAAACUUUUCUUUUGAGUUUUGCAUCUUUUGGAGAUGGUAUGCGAUGUAGAACUGUAUGAAAUACGAGUUUAAGAGCAAAUACAUUUAAGUAUUUUUUUUUUUAAAUAGUAGUCUUAUAUUUAUAACGAGCGAACAUAACUGUAAGAUCUCAGAAAUUUUUUAAACCAGCCAACAGGUUUACACGAUUGAACAUCAAUAGCUAUCGCACCAUGUUGUCACACAUGUGGGAUCGUGCAAACGCCGCUAUUGAUUAUGAUCUAAAACUUGUGCUUAGUAAAAUAAAGACGUGUCUUUGUAACCAACAAAAAAAUGUCCUUUAUUUGUAAAAGUAGACAUCAUAAGAAUACAUAUGCUAAUCAAUAAAAGCUCUGAAUUAUCUUUAUAUUCAUAUUGAGAUAAAAACUCAA